AUGUUCAAGCUUGCCCGCGGCCGGCCAGUUGCUGCGGCUCUCAGAGCUGCGACGGGUUCGCCUAUGCAAUCCCGCUUGGCUCAGCAACAAAGAAACCUUUCCAUUCACGAAUACCUUUCCGCCAACUUGCUCAAAUCAUAUGGUGUGGGUGUGCCAAAGGGUGAAGUUGCUCGCUCUGCUGAGGAGGCCGAGAAAGUUGCCAAGUCACUCGGUAAUGAUGAUAUGGUCAUCAAGGCUCAGGUCCUUGCCGGUGGUCGUGGAAAGGGCCACUUUGACAACGGUCUCAAGGGUGGUGUUCGCGUGAUUUACUCUCCUACUGAAGCCAGAAUGUUUGCUGGCCAGAUGAUCGGACAGAAACUCAUUACCAAGCAAACCGGUGCCGCCGGUCGUCUUUGCAACUCUGUUUUCAUUGUUGAACGCAAGUUUGCUCGUCGUGAAUUUUACCUUGCUGUCCUCAUGGACCGCCAGUCCCAGGCACCCGUCAUUGUCGCCUCGUCUCAGGGUGGCAUGGACAUUGAGGCCGUUGCUAAGGAGAACCCCGAGGCGAUCAUCACGACUGCUAUCGAUAUCAAUGUUGGCGUGACGGAUGCCAUCGCAACCAAGAUCGCAAACGAGCUCGGCUUCUCCGAACAAUGUGUCGAUGAUGCUCGGAAGACCAUUCAGAGCCUCUACAAGGCUUUUAUGGAGACCGAUGCCACUCAGAUUGAAAUCAACCCGCUGUCCGAAACUUCCGAUCACCAAGUUCUGGCCAUGGACGCCAAGUUGGGCUUCGAUGAAAACGCCGAGUUUCGCCAGAAGGAAAUUUUCUCGUGGAGAGACACCACGCAGGAGGACGCUGACGAGGUCAAGGCUGCAGAGCAUGGUCUAAACUUCAUUAAGCUUGAUGGAGAUAUUGGAUGCUUGGUCAACGGUGCUGGUCUCGCUAUGGCUACCAUGGAUAUUAUCAAGCUGAACGGCGGCAGCCCCGCCAACUUCCUUGACGUUGGUGGUGGUGCCACCCCGGCUGCCAUCAAGUCUGCUUUCGAGCUCAUAACCAGCGAUCCCAAGGUGUCGGCUAUCUUCGUCAACAUCUUUGGCGGUAUUGUCCGCUGCGAUGCCAUCGCCCAGGGCUUGAUCAAUGUUGUGCAGGAAAUGGGCCUGCGCACUCCUAUCGUUGCCCGGUUGCAAGGCACCAACAUGGAGCAAGCUCACAAGCUGAUCAACGAAUCUGGCCUCAAGAUCUUUUCCAUCGAGGACCUUCAGAAUGCUGCGGAGAAAUCCGUUCAGUUCUCCAAGGUUGUUAAGAUGGCCCGCGAAAUCGACGUGGGCGUUGAAUUCACUCUCGGUAUCUAA